AUGCCACCCAAUCUUACAGACCGCAUCAAGUCUAUCCAGAACGUCCGACUAGCCCGAAGCUCUUCCGCAUGGGACAUCCAGAUCGGAUACCCUGACUCGUCCAAAAAUGGCUGCAUCACAUCCAUCACCCCGCCCUCGUCCGAGGACAUCUCAAAUCCUCCUCUGGCCCUUCCCAGCUUAACACACCCACACAUUCAUCUCGACAAAGCAUUUGUCCAUAGUGCAGCCGAGUAUGCGCAUCUGCUGCCCUCAACUGGCUCUUUCCAGGAGGCGUUGUCCUUUACCACGAAAGCUAAACAGCUAUUCACACGUGAAGAUCUUCUUCGUAGAGGGGAAUGGCUACUGGCUGAGUCCGUUUCCGCCGGCGUUACUGCGAUGCGGGCCUUUGUUGAGGUAGAUUCUGCGGUGAAGUUUACUUGUCUGGAAGCAGGCCUUGCUCUCAAGGAGCGGUGGAAGGAUUCGUGUGAGAUCCAGAUUGCUUGUUUUGCACAAGACCCGAUUUUCUCUGGAGAAGUUGGAGAGCAGAAUAGGAGUCUCGUAGAGGAAGCACUCUGCAAGUACCCCGGUAUCGAUGUGAUCGGAACGACGCCUUAUGUUGAGUCGAGCGUCGGGGCUGCGAAGAGAAAUAUCGAAUGGGCGAUUGGGCGCGCUCUCCAACUCGGGAAACAUGUUGAUUUCCAUCUGGAUUAUAACCUUGAUCCCGAGAGGGAAGCCUUGGCUUGGCAUGUCGUGAAGGUCCUCCGUGAAACUGGCUGGACGACAAACUCCACACAGAAGCGUGUCAUGCUGGGACAUUGUACGCGCCUGACGCUGUUCAAGGAUGAAGAAUGGGAUAAACUUGCACGCGAGAUUCGUGACUAUGAACUACCCGUGAGCUUCGUGGGCUUGCCAACCAGUGACCUCUACAUGGCAUCCUCUCCUAGCGCAUUCAGUGAUCAAUGCUCCCACCACAGGCCUAGAGGUACUCUACAAGUUCCAGAAAUGAUCCGGAGAUAUGGUCUCGACGCAGUGCUCGGGGUGAACAAUGUUGGCAACGCAUUCACGCCCUGGGCAUCACCCGACCCGCUCUUCUUAGCCUGCUUGGGUGUUGGAAUUUAUCAAUCUGGUACACAAGCUGACGCGGAGCUUUUAUACGAAUGUGUCUCAACUCGUGCUCGAAAGGCAAUUGGCUUGCCGUCUGCUUUAGGCUUGACCGUGAGACCAGGCGACGUACCUGACCUGAUAUUGUUUUACGAUCGAGACGAGACUGGAUGUGAGGUGUCACGUCCACGCUAUAGCGUGGCGGAUGUUAUCUGUGAUCCACCUGGGAGAUUGAAUAGAGACGUUGUGACAGGUGGACGACUGAAGCCCGCUGCUUUGGCUGGCUCGAGGCUAGAUGUUCGUUAUCAAGUUGCGUAG